CCCCCUACCUGCGUAUGACCCCAAGUGAGAACCAGAUAUUCACAGAUGGUAAGGAUAUCAAUGUGGAAUGUGAGGUGAUAAAUACAGAUUUGCCAUAUGAAAUAGCUUGGUACAAAAACAACCAACCACUAAAAUCAAAGGGAAAUUAUGUGAUCCAAGGAAACAAACUCACAAUUCAGUCACCUGGUAGCAAUCAAGCAGGAACAUAUUCUUGUGAAGCAAUUGUGAAAAAAAACAAUGGAUCAGCAUUGCAGUUGGAACGUUUCAUUAUAUUUGGAGAACCAAUUAGCAUCAAAGCCAUGGAGACUAUCAAGUACACCGAGGGAGAAAUUGCUCGUGUAGUGUGCACAGCAACGUCAAGCCCUCUACCAACAGUCACAUGGUUUCUAAAUGACGUGAACAUUACAGACAUCAUAGCCCAAGGGAACACCAGUCACUACCAGGAAGUGGGGCGUAACGAUGGACCACAUGGUUGGAAGUCAACCCUAAGAGUCUUGGACCUCUCAUUUGCCGAUGCUGGCCUCUACAACUGCUCUGCCUUUAAUGGAGUCAUUCAUGAGUACAAGACAGUCGACCUUAAAGUCCAAGAUCGCAUGGCUGCUGUGUGGCCCUUCUUGGGCAUUGUUGGUGAGUGUUCAUUCCUAAUUAUUGUGAUCCUGAUUCAUGAGAAGUGUACUGAAGGAAGUUAUGAUGAAGAUGAGUAUAAUGAAGAGACAAUCAAAAUAAACAAAAAACAUGACCAUACAAAUGAAAAGACUGAACUUAGAGACAGAGAAAACUGAUCAAGAUAGGUGAAAGGUGAAUCAACUCCUGCAAGAUUUUGUUUUAAAAUAAAUGGCAAUAAUAUUUCAAUAUAUUUCUAUGAACAUGAAAACAAAUUAAUUUUCAUUUACUGAAAAGACAGUCAUAUAUGUCAUUGUUAUUUUGCCUGUGAAAUACUCUUCAAAUGAUUCUCAUAAUUGCUUAUUUUACAUAUUGUAUAUCAAUCUCAAGUCUCAUAAUAAUAUCAAUUAAAAAUAAUUGUUUGAAUGCAUACAAUGUGCAACUGCUCAUGAAUAUUCUUACCAUGCAUGAAUGUUCAGCACUGACAUAAAUAUAUUCAACACAAUGGCAGCACCAAUGGGGGGGUGUCUAGUGGGGUGAAGUGUUGUCUAGUGGGGCACAGGAUACUGGGGUUUGAGGCGGGUGUGGACACAUAUCAGGGAUUUUGGAUCUAUUGUUGGGGAAUUUGGACCCCUGUCAGAGACCUUGAACCCUGUUGAACCCACAAAUGUGAAAAUGCCCACAAGUGUAAUAACAACCACAAAUGUAACAACACACCGCCCACAAAUGAAUAGCGCCCACAAAUGUAACAAACAGCGCCCACAAAUGUAAUAACGAUCAUCGUCCACAAAUGUGAUAACGCCCAAAAAUGUAACAACAAAACAUGACCUCUUUGCCCACAAAUGUAAUUAUUUUCUUUUAACUUCGAAUGUAGGAAAUCAGACAGAAAAAUCACCAAACUACGCAUUUUGUGACAGAAGCAUGACAUUUUUAGCGUUUGAUUUAUGACGCGUGUGAACAACAAAAACAAGUCUGGGAGGGGCUAAAAGUCAAAGGUUCUAGGAGGGGUAACUUAUGUGCCAAAGGUUAUGUCAUUUUCCGAAAAUAUGUCUCAUUGGAAGAAAUAGAAACAUGCAUAUAGGCCUAAUGAAUAUUUUGAAAGAAAAAUUUUUUUUAGUGGUUAGAAGAGUGUUUUUUUUCAUUAUUUUUUUUAUGGGGACAAUAUGCAGGGGAAAUUUAUAGGAGGAGAUGUAGGCAGUGGUAUGCACUCUCCAAGUGCCCUCUAGUUACAUUUGUGGGUGCCUUUUUGUUACAUUUGUGGGCAUUAUUACAUUUGUGGGCGGUGUGUUGUUACAUUUGUGGUUGUUAUUACAUUUGUGGGCGUUUUCACAUUUGUGGGUUCAACAAAUCUCUGGCACCACCCCAAUUCAACCAAGAAGAACAUUCAGAUUGUGGCAGUGUGUACCCUAAAUGAGGGCAGCUAGACAAAAUAAAUGUAGCAAAGUAUAUAUGAUAAGAUAAGAUAAGCUUUAUUGGUCUAUUCACAUAUUGUGGAAAUUAAAACCACAGCUACUCCUGUAUGUAUACGUGGUAGAUGUUAUCCCUCCCACUUCAUAUCAUUUCGAGAAAUUAAGUGAUCAGUGGUGGAUCUAGGGUUAAAGAUAAUGGUGGGGGUUGGGUGGUUGAGCACACAUAGUGGAAAAUGUCGUUUUGAAGAGGGGUUUUGCUGGAAAUUGCUUGCUUCCUAAAUGCUCAGAAUGUCCUGCAGAGGGUCUUUUAUGACAUUUCUAUAAUAUUUUCGGGUUUUUUGUUUUUUUUCUGUGUCGGUAAAUAUAUUUUUUAUGAUUUAAUUGUAAAUUUAGGUGUGAAUUAUAGACACAAUGAAAAGCAUUUGUAAAUUAUAACAUUACAAUUUCUGGACAUCUAGAGGUGUGCCAUAUUUUAUAAAAAUUAUAUUUUGAUGGAUUUAAAAGGGGACUGAAAAGGUUUUGAACCAGGUGCACUUAAAUGACAUAUUGACUUUUAAGGAAUUAAACUUGUUUGCUAGGUGAGAGAGCUAUUUGCUUAGCCUAGACUUAUGGAAUGGAAAAUGUGGGUAGUAGUUAGCUACCCUCUUCACCACAUUCAUUUGCCCCUGGUAUUAUUAUGGUACAGUAAUUGGUUUUAAAUUAUGGCACAAAUAAAUGGGGUUUUUUUUUCUAUACUGUACUGUAUGUAUUUUAAGGUUUUCUGAAAGGAUUAUCACAAUCUUUGUUUUUCCUGUGUAAUAAAAGAACAGUAUGUUUAUAACAUAUUGUAUUUGUUUAUUGUGGUAAUAUAUAAAUUAUUAGAGUAUAAAAUUUUUGAAAGCGGAAUUUAUAUAUGAAAUUAGUAUUUUGAAAUAAUUGUGCACCAAUAUAUAUUUGAAUAUUAUUUAAAUUGGAUUAUUAUCAUAAAAAGACAUUUAAUUAUAACAUGUAGUUUUGUAGUUUAUAGAUUUUUACGGUACAGGAUUUUGAUAAAAAAUAAUAAGUGAUAAAAGAAACACAUUGAUAUUUCAGAUUUAUAUUAAGGACCCAAGUUAUUAAUUCAAUUGUUUUAAUUGUUUUGCUAUUCAGUGUAAAAUCACAUCAGCCACAUGGAGUGUAUUUUAAUAUGAGGUGUCAAUAUGUGUGAAUAAAUAAAACGAAUAUAUAUAUAUAUAUAUAUAUAGGGUACAGUAUAAUAAUAAUUUGGUCAAGUAUUAAUGUAUUGAAUGUAAACAUUUUGUUGUAUACUCUGCAUCAUAUUUUUAUGUUUAGGUGAAAAGACAAUAAUAAUAUAAUGAAAUUUAUAUUUUUUUGGUUUUCUUCUGUCAAUUUUUUUUUUCUUUUUGUUUUGAGAAAUUUGCAAAAUGAAGACUAGUAUAAUAUAUGUAUUUACUAAUAUGGUUUACAUGGAUGUACUAAUUAUUUUUAUUCAUAUGAAAUGUGUGAUGUGCUGAAAAUAAAACUUAUUUGGGAUUUAAUCAA